UGUCGGGGACGAACUUCCUUUAGGAUGGGAAACUGUAUACGAUAAACAAAUUGGAAUUUAUUACAUGGACCACAUAAAUAAGCUCACACAGAUCGAGGAUCCCCGGGAACAGUGGCGGCGGGAGCAGGAGCGGAUGCUGAAAGAGUACCUGGUCGUGGCCCAGGAGGCGCUCGAUGCCAAGAAGGAGAUAUACCAGAUAAAGCAGCAGCGCUUCGAGCUCGCACAGGAAGACUACCUGCAGCUGCACCAGCUGUGUGAGGAGGACAGUCGCUCCUAUGCCAGCUCCUUCUCGGGAUACUCGGCAAACACGAAGUAUGACCCUCACCAAAUCAAGGCAGAAAUUGCAAGUCGCCGGGACCGGCUUUCCAGAUUAAAACGAGAGCUGACCCAGAUGAAGCAAGAACUUCAGUACAAGGAAAAGGGGGUGGAGACCCUACAAGAGAUUGACCGUAAGAUGUCCAAUGCGCAUACCAACUACAAGGUGGAUGAGGCCCAGGCCAUCAUGAGCGAGCUGCGGACCAUCAAGAAGGCCAUCUGGACAGGCGAGAAGGAGCGACGAGACCUGAUGCAGAGCCUGGCCAAGCUGAGCGAAAGCUUCAAGGACAGCUGCUCCCUCAGUGAUGCCCCGCAGGAGUGGCCUCAGGGGCCCAGCGGGCCCAGUGAGGCUUUUCCUCAGCAGCUCUGCGAUGCAGCCUCGCAGACCGACAUCAUUGGCGAGUUCAUCUUUGAUGAUAAAACCAGACUUGUGGACCGAGUCCGGCUUAAUUGGCAGUAUGAGGAAGCCCGGAAGAGGGUCUGUGCCAUCCAGCAGCAGCUGGCCCAGCUGGAGAGUGAGUCUUGGCCGGGUUUGGCUGAGGCUGACAAGGAUCGGCAGCAGCUAGUGACGGAAAAGGAGGCGCUGCUCCAGGAACUUCUGCAGGCCCCGCAGCGCCAGCCGCCGGAGGCCCAGGGCCGCCUGCAGGAUGAGCGGCGGCGCCUGGAGGAUGAGAUCCAGCGGGCACGUGUCGCAGCCAUACAGAGCACCCCAGAAAGGGUCGCGCUCCAGGAGAAGAGGAGCCGUCUCCUGGCGCAGCUGGAAGAAGCCACGCGCCUGACCUCGUACCUGCAGUCACAGUUGAGGAGCCUGUCUGCCAGCACCCUGACAGUGUCAUCCGGGAGCAGCCGGGGGUCCCUGGCUUCCAGCCGUGGCUCCCUGGCCUCCAGCCGCGGCUCCUUGAGCUCUGUCAGCUUCACUGACAUUUAUGGGCUCCCGCAGUAUGACAAGCCGGACGCCGAGGCCAGCCAGCUGCUGCGCUUUGACCUGGUCCCGCUGGAUGCAUUGGCACGUGAUGGCCCUGUGUGCCCGCAGCGCCACUCCCUAGACACCCCACAGUCCCUGGCAUCGCUGUCCUCGCGUUCCUCCCUGUCCUCCCUCUCACCCCCCAGCUCCCCCCUGGACACGGCCUUCUUCCCCACCUCACGAGAUUCACCCUUGGCCUCAGUGGCAGAUGGUUUCGAGGUGCCCAGCCUGGGUGCUCUAGACAGACUGCGGGCUCAGGCGUCUGCUUUGGGGGAUGAAGACCCCCAGGGCCCCACAUCUCUGCAGCCAUCUGCAGCCCCCAGAGAAGGGGAUGGACCUCUUGAGCGCGGAGCCCCAGGGACUACCCCAAGUCCCAUGGGUACGAGCACCACGGUGACCCUCCGAGGGGACACUUCCCGGCGGCUGGAGAGGAGGGCACGCCGCAGCUCUGCCUGCCCGUCUGAGCACUCCCUGGCCAGCGACAGUGGUGUCUUCGAGCCGCCAUCCAGGAGGAGCGAGGAUGCUGAAGAGGCCAAGCGCCAGGCUGCAGUGCAUGAGGGGCCCCAGAUCCACGUGGGGUUUCUACACGACAGUGCCAACCAGUGUCUCCUGGUGAAUGUGCUUCAGCUGAAGAACCUGGAGCGGCUGCUUGCCCCUGAUGAGUGCAAAAUCCAAAUUCGCGUCUACCUGCCCCCGAUGGAUGGCAGUGCGCCCAGCACCUACUGCUCCCGCCCCGUGGAGUGCCAGCCGCCGCUGCUGUUCAACGAGCUCUUCCGAAUCCCGGUGCCUGCAGGCAGUGCAGCCCUGACGUUGCUGCAGCUCUAUGUGUGCUCCCUGGGCCCGCAGCUACAGGAGGAGCUGCUGGGCAUCGCACAAAUCAACCUGGCCGAGUCAGACACAUCCAGUGACAUGCAGCUGUGCUGGCGGCCUGUCCAGGUCUUCGGCAGCCUUGAGCCACCCCGGCCGAGGGUCCCCGAGCGUACUGGGGACCCUGCACCUCCUGCUGCUGCCAAUAAGCCGGAUGCGGUGACAGAGCUGCUGGCCCGAACUACUGCACAGCUGCAGGCGGUGGAACGGGAGCUGGCCGAGGAGCGCCGGAAGCUGCAGUGCUCUGGGGAGCAGGCUGAGGCAGUGUCAGAGCGGAGCUGGCAGGCUGACUCAGUGGACAGUGGCUGUGGCAGCUGUGUGCAGACCAGUCCCCCGAACCCUGAGCCUUGCUGUGUGGGAGCUGAUGCCGCCCCAACCCCCCCGGGGUUGGCCCUGCAGACUGACCUUUAUAGCCUCAAGAAUCUGCACCCACUGCCUCUGAAGGUGGACCAGGGCACCAGCACGGAGGAUCUCUUCCCCGAUGGCCUCUUCCCAGACACCAUGGUGGCAAUGCCGAAGGAGCGGCUGGGCCGCAGGACCCGGGGGCCCCUGUUUGUCCGGAGCAGUACCAUCGGCCGCUCUCAGACCUUCUCACCAGGGGCCCGGAAUCAAUAUGUGUGCAGACUUUACCGCAGCGACAGUGACAGCUCCACACUGCCCCGGAAACUGCCCUUUGUUCGAAACACUCUGGAGCGACGCACCCUGCGCUACAAGCAGUCGUGCAGGGCGUCCCUGGCCAAGCUUAUGGCGCGCACAUCACUGGACUUGGAGCUGGACCUCCAGGCGUCGCGCACGAGGCAGUGGCAGCUGGACGAGGAGCUGGGGCUGCUGCGAGAGCUGCGGCAGCGCCUGGAGGAAGCCCAGCUGCGAGGCCGCCGUGACCUGCCGCUUUGGGUGCUACGGGACGAGCGGCUGCAGGGUCUGCUCCAGGAGGCUGAACGGCAGACCAGACAGAGCGCCCUGGCCUGGCACCACGAGCAGGCGGCUGAGAAGGUGCUGAGAAAGGCCUCGCGGGGCGGGAGCCGACUGCGAACGCAGAGCCACAGCGAGCACAUCCCAGUGCAGAACUUUAGGGAGAAGAUCGCAUUUUUUACCAGACCAAGGAUUAACGUACCUCCUCUACCUGCCGACGACGUUUGAUGUGGUGGUUUGGACACAUGAAAUAUUUAUCUGCCUGUUUUAUCCAUGAAGUUCUUAGACUAUAGCUAAAUGUGUCUUAAAAAUAUAUGCGCAAAGCAGGCCACAGCCAGAGCACAGCCAUAGCACAGCCAGGCCGCUGGCCUUGCACACGGCCAACCCAGGAUCCAUCCCCGGCCUCCCCUAGAGUCCCCUGAAUGAGCACUGCCAGGAGUGAUCCCUGAGUGUCGAGCCAGGAGGCACACACAUAUCACCGGGUGUGUCCCACAAACCAGAUAAAACCAAAUGUGCGCCAUGCUAUUGCUCUCCACAGUUUUGUAGAAACCGAACUCGUGUAUCUAUUCCUAUAUAUCUGAUAUUAGCGGUGACAGCAGCGCUUGGUUUCUCCCUGGUGUCAAAUGAGCAUCUCCGAGGACAGGUGAUUCAGAACAGCUCAGUGCCCGGUUCUGCGUGGCCAGUUGUGCCGUUUCACUGGACUUCAAGGCUGGAAGAGAGAGAUCAGGAAGUGAGUUCAGGCCAAUUCACUGGAUUGUAAUUUAUUUAUAGUACUUUUUUUUCCUUGAAGGAAAAGACAGAUUUGUGAUGUAUCUUCAGGCUGACUUUUGUUCUUCAGUAUUUUUGUCACGCAGUCCAAACGCAGGCGCUGGGCUCCUGUUUGUUCUCUCUCUCUCUCCCUCCCCCCCUCUCUCACACACACACACACACAUUACGUCUUGUCUCCCCCCACCCCCAGGGGCCCGCGGCCGCACCGUGCUAGCCAGGUGCCAGGUUUGGGCUCUGUGCCCUUCUGGCCUGGCUGCUGUCACUCCAAAACACCAACCUGGCCCGCCAGGCUUCCCAGCACUUCGCCCUAUCGCAGUGAGGCCCGCAACAGUUGUGUCCUCCUCUGGAUUGUGGGCAGCACUGCAGCCACAGUGCAGGAACCCUGGGCACUUUCUAACCUUGGAAGGAAGCAUGUGGGUCCCCUGGGUACCCGCUCCACCAGAUGGGGCGGUAGGCUGGGGUGCGAGCUCAGAACUAGCUCCCGAAAACUGAAGGGUUGAUGCUGUGAAAAUCCUGCCUGUUCCUGGCAGAUGCCAGUGCCAGAACUCAGCCCAAGUGCCUGCUUGUUAGACACGGAAUACCUGGGCCCUGCACACUGCCUUAGAAUUGCCCUCCCUGCACACCCCCCCCAAUCACUUUCUCCCCAGCUAGUCCCUUGCUCCAAGCUGCCUUACUUGGCCAUUGCUGCAUACUGCAUUUGAUAAGCCUUUCAGCAACUUGUAACCUGACCUUGCACGACAAAGGAACUUGCCAGUGCCCUGACUUCCCAGCAUGGGGGAGACCCAGGCCACUGCUCGCAGCCCCCUGCUCAUGCCCUUCACACGCCUCUCCUCCCCCACGCUAUACCAGCUCCCUGGACCACAGAGGGAGUCCACAAGGUCUCAGGGACUCACCAGCAUGGACAGAGGCCAGUGCCUGUCGCCCUUUCCUGAUUCUGCUCCUGCUCUUGAAAGGGACCAGGAGGAAGACCAGAUGCAGGUGGAGGUGGGCUGUGCGCCCCAAC